UUAAAGUCGACAGCAAACGUUUGUUCACUCCUCGAGCCUUACACGCGUCACAAUACUACGCCAUGCGUGUCACGACUGUGCAAAAUAAAUGUGUUUGUUGGUGGUAUAAACGGCAGCUCAUUGUUCUCUCGCGAGAUCGCGGUGAUCCGAGCGUUUUUCCGGCGCUGUUGACAGAUCGGUGAGCAGCAGAUGAACCAAACAACACGAAUGGCUAAAGUGGAGAUAACACCGCUGCGAACGUGGGACGACUUUUUUCCCGGAUCGGAGCGGUUCGGUAAACCCGAUGUCAAAGACCCGGCGAAAUGGAGCAACAGGGUCAUCAGCAACUUACUUUAUUAUCAGACUAACUACCUGGCGGUGGCCGUCCUGGCGUUUCUUAUUGUCGGGUUCAUGGAGCCGCUUGGGAUGUUCACAGCUAUUGCCGCUGUCUCGGGGGUUUGUUGUGGGUCGGCGUGGAUCGCUGAGAACCGUAAUGUCCUCAGCCACCUCAAGAGGGAGAAUCCAGCAGCGUUUCUGAUCGUGGUGGUCGUGGCCAGCUACGUGUUGAUUUCCUUGCUGGGGUGCGUGAUGGUGUUCGUCACAGCCAUCACUUUGCCCCUGACCUUGAUUUUUGUGCAUGCGUCCCUUCGCCUGCGCAACAUGAAGAACAAACUGGAGAACAAGAUUGAGUGUGCUGGACUGAAGAGGUCACCAAUGGGCAUGUUGCUGGAGGCCCUGGGUCAGCAGGAGGAGAACGUUCAAAAGAUCCAAAGCUUCCUGGAGGGAAAACUGAAGGAGUGAUGAGACUGUUACCAAAGAGACAAAUGACUUCCUUUUGUGUCUCAGAUGUUCUCUGACUCUGUCCACAACUGGCCUGACGACUUUUUUUUUUUUUUUUAUCAACGUGGAUCAAGCCUCUCUCAGUGUCUCACGUUUCCUCCCCACUGAAGCGUCAGUGUUCUGUGAAGAUCCGUUUUUCAGGGACAGUGCACUGAAGAGAGCUUGACUUCUUUGAACAAGUUGACUUUAGCACACUCCAAACAUCUUGUUCCUGUAAAUAAAAAUAAAGACACACAGAAGACAAAGUCCGGCUCUGUGAGUCACAUCUGUGUGUCAAUCGCCCAGAUCUUCAAAGCGCAGUGAGGUCUCGACCCCCAGCCAUCAAUAUUCCUGCUGCUACUCUCACAGCUUCACAGACGAGUCGCCCCUGGCUGAGUGAUUGACCCACUUUGCUCUUCCCUUCACUUGGUCCAGUGUUAAUCAAUGGGCUGCACUAGAUUAUGGUGUGCUGGGCUCACAGUGGAUUUGCCAGCAGACGGUCACCUUCAAACUCCCCACGACAGGAAGCAGUGUUCCCCUUGUUUUCACAAUCGCCAGUUCAGAUCCACCCAAGUGUAAAACCAUUCUCGCGUAUGCCUCCAAAUUAGAGGCACUCUCACUUCUGCAACACUCCAAGCUCCAACUUUCCGUUUUUGUCCGUAAAUAAAAAAGUGCAAUCAAUCGCAGAGAAAAUAACGUACUGACAGUGGUUUGUUUACAUGUGGUGACAAGAAGUGACUAGGCGGAAAUGUCUUUCAUAAGCUUCCGGAUUUCUUUCAUAAGGUUCUGCAACAUUGCUCAUGCACGAAUAGUUCUGCUCAUGUUGCUAUUUCUUAUUACAGUUUCAGGAAUUGUUCAUUCUGGCGUUCUGAAUUACUUUUGAAUCUAUGUGAUUUUGAGCUGCAGUAUAAGCUCGUACAACUCCUCUCAUGCCUGUUGUUCCGGCAAGUUCUGUAAUGACACUGCCAUCUGCUGUUGAACUGCUUCAAUUGCUGUCAAUGAUAUUUCAAACGCUAAUACAGUGGUACCUCGGUUCUCGACCACAAGCCGUUCCAGACGGCCGGUCGAGAAGCAAUUUGUUCUAAAUCUGAAUCGAUUUUUCCCAUUACAAUGAAUGGAAAAAGCAAUAAUGCGUUCCAAGCCUUAAAAUAGUCUUUUGUAGGAGUGAAUGUAGAGUGUCUGCUGCAGGUGCGCUGUUCCUCUAUGUGUGUGGCCGCUGCAUGUGGGAGGGGUUGCCGAGUGAGUGAGGUCUCUCCAGAAGUGAAGAGGUGCCCGGUGCGUGUCCAGCUCUGAAUGUGUGCUUCUGUGCAGUUUGGCUGUGACAAAGUCAUAAACCAAGUCACGCUCUGUCCCAGACUGGCCUCAUCCCUGUCCCAGCUCCAGCCCACAACAGGACAUCACACCCUGGAGUGGAGCCUCGGAGGUGUGGAGAGCGAGCACCUCCCCUGUGACACUCUACCACGGUCCAGUGUGGAGACAGGAAAGGUUUUACACCUCAAUAUGAAGAAAAAACAGUCAGUAAAUGUAGCUAACGGGACACAUCUGCAUACAGAGGCUGCGUUAUACACAAUAACAAAGCGCGUCAAGGCUCAGCUGAUCGGUCCGCGCACGUUAUGUUUUUUGCGGCUUUUUUCAGGGGCGUUCGAGUUCUGUAUUUUUGUUUGAAAUCUGAAGCAAAAAAUCUCGAAUUUUUUUGUUUGAACUCCGAUUUGUUCGAAGUCUGGGACGUUCGAAAACCGAGGCACCACCGUAAUAACAUAAAUUUAAAGUGAAAUCGUGAAGUGGAAAAACACUACAUGGUUGAAAAUGACUGGAUUCAAAGUUCUCUACUCUCAGGGGUUUUUUUUUUGUGAUGUAGGUGUCAUUCCAUGAUACGAGUUAGUUUUCAGUCACCCCGCUUGUUGAGUCUUCUGCCUGGAACAUAGCUUAUAGCAUAUAUACCAAGGUGUUUACAUUCAAGUUAGACUCCUCCUCCCUGUGCUGACUCAUCGUCUAGAUUAGUAUGGUGCAAGCAAGAGGAAUGAGCAGAAGCGCCGGUGGCGACAAGCUCAAGUAAAGUCAUGUCUGUGGUGCUUGUUGUCCUCUGCAGCUGCUCCUGGCACCACUGCACCACGUCUAACAGGUGUUUUUUUUUCGCCCCGGGCAGAUGUGUCAUCCAAACAAGGUUCCACCAAACGCACAUUUACUACUGCUGUAUGAGUCACGGUCUGUGAGGUAACGCGCCGUUUUGAAGGUCCCAGCAGUGUUUGUGUUCAAUAGCAACGCUGUUGUUUCUUCCAGACACCAUGAGGAGUAAUCUAAUAAAUGAAUACCCAAUUGUGUUAGAGUCACUGCCCCCCUCCCCCCAAGGCUUCCCUGAAGUCUCCUGAGUGGCUUUGGCAUUUGGUUGGCUAAGCUGGUUAGCUGGGGCCGGCGCUGCUCACACAGCCUGUCACUGAGACGCGGCUGCUCCGGGGCUUCACAACUGAUCAUGUGACGUGCUAAUGGUGGCCAUCCGUGACCUCUGCAGCCUGCUGCAUCCGCAUGUCCCGAGCUCUCCAGUCACCCACAGAGCAGCAGGUCGGCGGGGUAUCCGCACGCACGGGACCGCGCUUCUAAUCCCACUCUUGUUCGA